AUGGCGAGCCUUCAAAGAGAUCGAAAAAAAAGGGUUAGUGGAAAAUUUUGCGUCGCUGGUGGACCGGGGAAUAUAAGUUGUAAUAAUACUAGCUUGACUAAAGAUAUAUCCAUGCAUACUUUUCCAUCAGAUGAUAUUUUAAAGCGAAAAUGGACUCAAUUUGUUCAGAAGCAUAGGCCAGGAUUUAAACCAUCUCAAACGUCUGUGUUGUGUUCGGUUCAUUUUGACAAACACUGUUUUACUCGUCGCUUGGAUCUUCUUGACCCCGAAAACGUUUCUGUUGAAAUUUCCAAGAACACACGACUGGUCAACGGGUCUGUUCCCACAAUUGACACGGCUCGACAGAUAAAAAAGCAGACCGAUACACAAGAUUUAUUAACGGUUCGAGAUAAGAGAAUGAUCAUGAGAAAGGUAAGGCGAAUUUUCCGCUGUAUUUGUUUAUUUAUUCCAGUAAUAAAUCAGUUUGAGCUGCAAUCUGUUAGCUACUUCUUAUCAGAUUUAUAUCAAGCCUUUUAUUCUUCAAAUUAACAGUAUGCUGAGCAUAAUUCCUUCAAUAUUAAUACGUUAAUAGGUGCUCGAACCAGCGUCAAUGCCAUCCACUGCCACUGGCCAUAUGAACAGUGCAUGCAAAUCCACUGAUGAUACAAAUCCUACAACAAAUGAUGUCAGUAUGAGUUCUUCAAAUAGCUUGGUAAAUAUGGAUGCCACAACAAGUGUUCCAGACACAGAUUCUACAACAGACAUUGUAAUGGAAGAGAUAAUUUCAAACCAACCCAGUGCAGGAAAUAAUCAGAAAGAUUCCCUCUCCACACCAAUUUUGUGUGAGAAAUGCUCCAAGAAAAGUCUCGCUAUACGACGACUUCAGAAAAACAACAGCUACCUGAGAAGAACAGCACAAAAUCUAAGAGAGCAUUUGAACCUGGUGAGGAUGAUCACGACCAUUUCAAAAUUAACCAUUCACUGGCAGUACUUUACUAGCAACAUGUAAAAUCGUCUGGCAUUUAGACAAAGUGAAAUACUUAGAAGGGCUCAUCCGGGCACAUUGCAACCUAACAGGUUAACAACAGACACAGGCAGAUAGUUUUGUUCAUUCAGGCACAUUGCCAGCUAAUGGGUUAAAUUAGCUAUUUAAUACCAAGGUGUAAAAAAUACCUGUGGUUCCGGUUUCACAUCGCGAAAAAAUUAGGGUCGGUAGGUCAGAAAACAAUUUUUUUUGAAUAUGUGACAACAGACGCAAUUUUGGCAGCAGCCCGCAACCACCUGGAGAAAAUAGGGUCGCACGGUCACUUGUGUUGAAGAAAUAAUAGGGUCGGCAGAAAAAAAUAUAAGGUCGGUUGGGAACCGGAACCACAGGUAUUUUUUUACGCCUAACCAGUGGCGGCGUGGCUGGGAGUUGGCAGGGGAGGCCAUGGCCCCCCUAUUGUCGGGAUCUUCGUGGUCAAGUUCGGAAAAAGUGCCACGAAAGCAAUUACUUCUUUAGUGUCCGGAAAAUUUUUUAACCUAAAAAUUGCUAUGGAAGCAAUUAGUUGUGUCUUGUCUAGAAAAUUUUUUGACCAAAAAAGUUGUCGAGGGGGGAGGGGGGAUUAAAAUGUUGUAGUCCGGAAUUUUUUUUACGUAUUGAUUUGUCGGAAAAAUACUUCCUUUGCCCCCCCCCCAAAAAAAAAACACGUGAGACCCACGGUGCCACUGAUACCAACCAAGAGUAAAUAAAGAAUAUUAUAGUAGAAUAUAUAAUACAAUAUAAUAAAAUAUUAUACUAGAACUGUUUGAGAAAGCUCACUGUAUACCUGAGUAAAAUAUUUGCAAUCCAAUAGUCAAUACUUGUAUUUAUAGAGUUGUAAUGGUGAUUCAACUGAAACUACAGAAGAUGAAUCUGAUUCAACUGAAACUACAGAAGAUGAGUCUGAGUCAACAUGUCAUGAUCAUGAUGAUUAUCUGAGCCAAAAGGAAGAUACGGCAAGUGAGCUUGGUAGCUGUACAGAGGAGGAGUGUCGUACAGAUAAUGAAGAUCCAGAGUGGAAUUUUGAAGAAGAAUUUAUAGAGGGUCCUGAUGAUGAUGAUGAAGAUAAUGAAGAUCCUUGUAUAGACACCAAAAAUACAGUAAGGUAUGUAUACUAUAAAUUUAUUGGCAUUGUUAUUAAAUGCAGCUUAUUCUAAACUGCUUAGGACAAACCAAAUUUCUUUUCCUUGACUAAAAUCACUAGAUUCAAACAUAUGACGGCACUCCUGGUCACAAUGUUUGUUUAUGAAGUAUAUUAACCUCCUAUAAAUUCUUGUCUGAGGUGGAUAUUGUGUAUAGUUGUACAGUUUAUUCAUCUACCAUGUUGCAUGAAUUGUAUUCUAAAUUACCAUACCGUUUUUAGGGUAGAACCUGGCAUACCAGCUCAUGAAGAACCAAAAUUUAUGGUUUUCUAUACAAUGUUGUUAAAUCUGUUCACAAUGUUUUGCUUUCAAUGCAAAAGUGACUAUGAAGAGAAAUGGGACAAUGGUAACAGUUGUUCAGACAUGCAGUAAAUGCCUAAAUAAACCGUUUAUCUGGCGAAGUCAGCCCUAUGUACUGGGACGAUAUCCAGCUGGGAACAUUUUAUUCAGUUUUGCUGUGUUGGUGGCUGGGACCUCGAUUAGCCGGGUUCUUCUGCUAUGCAGUCACAUGAAGCUAUCGGUCAUAUCAAUCCGUACAUUCUUUCUCCAUCAAAAAAAGUUUGUCUUUCCUGCAAUAUUGCAACACUGGGAAACAUACAGGGCCAACAUGAUUGAGCAAUUGAGGAGAUCAAAAGAUAUUGUAUGGAGCGGUGAUGGAAGGUUCGAUUCCAUGGGUCAUAGUGCCAAAUAUGGACUCUACACAAUGUUUUGUUGUACUACCUUGAAAAUUGUACACUUUGAGUUACUUCAGGUUGGUAUAUAAUUAUAUAUCUAACCCCCCCCCCCCCCAAGUAUAUCCUAAUACACUUACUAUUAUCAGAAUCAAGUUUUACUCCUAGAUGAUUUUUAUUUUUGAUAGUUUUGAACACAUCAAAAUUUGUCUUUUGUAGGCCAAUCAAGCUGGAAGUAGUCAAGCAAUGGAGUUACAGGGAGCAAAACAGUGCUUUGACUUCUUGUUAUUGGCAGGACUUGCAAUUUCUGUGUUCAUUUCUGACAGGCACCUGGGCAUCGCUAAAUGGAUCAGAGAGCACCAACCCAAGACCAGUCAUUUUUAUGAUAUCUGGCAUGUUGCCAGAUCCAUCACUAAAAAAAUGCUGAAGGCUGGCAAAAAGAAGGGUUAUGAAAGAAUUACCUACUGGGUGAAAGGAGUCCGAAGACAUGUAUAUUGGUGUGCCACAAGCACUAAGCAGGGCUUCGAGCAACUUAUAUUGGCAAAGUGGAAGUCCUUUAUGAUGCAUGUUGCCAAUCGACAUACAGGACAUUCAGAUUCAUUAUUUCCAAUUUGUGCUCAUGAUGAAAUUCAGCGCAGAAAAUGGAUAAAGAUAGGUACUGUAACCUGCUUUAGCAAAUCCUGCAUUAUUACCAAUUUAAAGGGAUAUAUUUCAAAGCUGCUUUCAGUUGAUCUUUACUAAUUUACCUAAUUUUUAUUUUAUAUAUAUAUAUAGGAACAAAGAGUCACGAAAAACUGAAUUCAAUUCUUAUGAACACCAGAAUUCUGAAUGAUAUUAAAAAACUGUCUCCUGAUGCACAGACUAGCUGUCUCGAGGGAUACCAUGCUACAUUGAACUACUGGCAUCCCAAAAUGAUGUGUUUCUCCUGGCUUGGGACAUAUUGCAGGUAAACUAUUACAAUAAAGUCUGAUUAACCUUACAAUGCCAAAUAUGCUAUAUAGGAAGCAUUGCACAGUUAUACAAUACUGUACAUAAAAUACCUAAUAGGUCAUUCCAAAAAAAUCCAUUACCUCCCCCACAGAGGAUAUUGGAGGUCAACCCUACUCCCUUUGGAUGUCCUAAGACACUUACUAUCCUCAGAAACAAUUUUUUCUCCCCGCCCCUUCAGGAUGGCAGAAAAUUCCUCCAUGGGGGUAGUGUGAAACUUUUCUGGAAUGAUCCAAUUUUUUGUUUGGGUUAUCCUGACAAUUUAGAAAUAUUUUGGCCAGCCUCCACGUCAAUGAAAAUGUCAAAAGAAAAGCUCGUAAGAGAAAAGAUGGUAAAAUUUAUUACAAAGUUACUUGGCCAAAGUUCAAACAAGGAGAGGAAGUAGUGCGAGAAGUUUCAGUUCCCCAAAGUUACGGUAGGCAUACCAAUUAAUGUAUCAAUUUGUAUAUAUAUUGAGCUAUCACAAUUUAAUUACACAGGUGAUACUUGUAAACUAUUUAAGCAAGCAUGCUCAAUUGUGCAGAAUUUUAAAAUAUCUGUAAUGGUCUUAAAAAUUGCUAGGUUAAUUUAAUGCAAACUAACUACUACAAUAACAACUUGCAACUGUUUAACCAUUUCAGACUAUGUGUCUGCUAUUAAAGAAGUAAUGCUUAAUCACUCGGCCAAAGAACAUUUGAAGAUGCUCAAAAAAUACCAGGCAAAGAUACCAGAUCCUCUCAACAGACAAUUUGAUGAUCGAGUGUCAAAAGCAGAGGCUAUAUGUCUCAAAUAUGAAAGAAAUAAACUUAAGACAGAAUUAUUUCCAGCAGGUAAAUGUAAUACAGGUAUUUUGAUUAUAAAUAUAUCAAUAACAAACAAUAGACUAAAAAAUAUUAUUUUGUUUUAUCUAGUCAACAAGCAAACUGAACUCCAGUCACAGCUCAUUCAACAAAACAAUACCCAAGAAGGUCCGCCUGCAAAGAAGAAGGCCCGAUGUUGUAGGAAGUGCCACCAGCCCAUGAAGGGUCAUCCCCGAAACAAGUGCCCUUAGGGACAUUUUGAUAACAUUAAUAAAUAACUAGUUAACAAUUAUAUUAGAUAAGCAAUAUAUGUACUGGUUGAUGGUGAAGCAUAUCUUGGCUACAGCCGAAUGAUGAUGAUAAAGUAAGGAUAAAAUAAUAUGUAAAGCAUGAGUAGCUGAUCUGUAUAUGAUUUACAAGGCGAGCAACAGUAAAUCAGAUACAGAUUGGAUGUGAAUGCUUAAACCUACUUAUCAAUACUUCCUCAGAACCAGCCAAUUAAUACAAUACACCCUUCCGGAAAGUACUUCACUUAUGCUAUAGAGCCUCGUUUUCAUGUAUCAGACAUCAGUUAAAGGCCGCGUCUCAAUCACGAAAACAAGGCUCUAUAACAAAGUGACAUACUUUCCGGAAGCGUGUAUUUCCAGGUUAUGCAUGUUUUCCCAUGUGUUGCAAUGGGCAAAUGUACACACAGAAUUACACCAUGCAUUAUAUUUCAUUUUGUUGAAAAGUUUACAUAAUUUAAAUACAUAUAAUUAUUGAAUAACACACAGUAUGUGAAGUCACUCAUCACUCCUGGCUUGUGCUGUUGCAUAUCCUGUUCUGUUCUCUGUAUGUAUCCUUGUCCUUAUGCUGUGGUAGAUACAUGCUGGUAAUGGACGAGUGUUGUCCCACCCUAAAGAGCCACACAACCACCUUAUCAGCCAUCUGUAUGCCGUGGCCCGGAGGAGUCUGCAAUUUUAACAUGAAGUAACUUGAAUCAAUCUCAAAUGCUAAGUUGGGCAUACACAGUCCUUGCAAAGUUAGUGUAAAAGAAAAUGUAACUUACUCAUUCUCAGAUCUACCAGGUUGACGGCGAUAACCUCUCCCUUGUUUAUCUUUUAGCAUGGGUGCAACAGUUGUAAGCACUGCUCUAUUGGUCAUAGGCCCAAAAUCAGGAUGCUCUGUAAUACAUUUAACCUUUUCACAGCUACCAUCAAAUCCCAGCAAAUGGACAACUGGAUUCACUUCUUGACAGCAUCUGUACUCAAGGGCACAAUCCAAAUGUUGGUCAUUGCAAUGACUACACAAGCACCUAAAUAAUAUUAACGGUCAAUGGUUUUCUAUUUAUGAGACAUGCAUAUAAACAUUAGAAGAAAGUUUUUGUUUAAUACAGUAGUGUAUAUAAUAAAACCUGUUGAGGUUUGCUUUCAAACAUAUAUAAAAGUGUUUUUAAGACUUGUUUAUAUAUUAAAACAACACAAAACCUAUACUCUUAUUGACCACCUUGUAUAGGCUGAAUAACACAAUAUUAGUAAUCCAAUAAUAAUUUUUAUAUAUACCAUGACUCAACAGGAUCGGUUUUAUCGUAUCUUCUCUCCAGUGUGAAAGGGGAUAAUCCAUCUUCGUCCUGCUCGUCGGAUUCAUCGCUCGACUCAUCGGUGUCUGCCAAAGGUUCAUCUUGAUACGGCAUACAAAUAUGCUUUCUACUUCGCCCUCGUGCGAAUUAUUUACGUCAAGCUCUUCUUCAGAUGAUGACGAAGAAUAUUCCGAUUCGCUUUCUGUCAUUUCGCUCAUAAAUUAUUAAAAUAUGGCUCUAUUCUCUUUGUGAUUGUAUAUAAAAAAAACAAACAAAACGACGUUCUCCUCGAGGCAUACACAACCAAUGACGUCACUCGCCCCAGGUUUCUUAUAUUUUAUGUCUAGUCUUUUUCACGAUAAUUAUCGCAAUUCAAACGAAAAUAACUCACGAUUGAUAGCGUUUUUAGAAUUAUUUUAUUGAUAAAAAUAAUAUCUACAUAGUAAAGUACCUAAUCCAAACGGAAAAAGUGGAUCCAUUUUUUCGUUGCAUAGGCACUUUAAAAUAACAUCAAUCUGUUGUGAGCAUCACUGGUGUUGUCAUGCAUGUAUUAACUAACGUUAACCUGAAACAGCCGCAUCUUUACAGUAAUAUUUGAUACAGAAAUAUGCGGCUGUUUCAGGAUAAUGUUAUCUUUGAAAAUUGUGCUUUCUAAUUUUUGACUGACUUGUGGAAGUUAUGCCAUAUAAGAGAAAUUAUACACAGUUAUGGUCGGUAGUGACAGUGCAACUGCAUGUAUUUAUGGCUAUUUGUAAUACAUUGAUAAACUGAAAUAUGGUUGAUUUAUUUAUCUAGUAAAUACAUGAAACAAUUUGAACAAUUAUAUAUGGACAAAUUUGGAAUUUUACAAGGUUUAAAAUGUUCUAUGAUAUGUGUUCUACAUGCAACAUUUAUAUUGUCUGAACUAUCAUGUUCAAACAUAAUCAGCUGAAACGCAUCAUUAAUCAUUAUCUAUUAAUAUUGUUUCUAAUACAUUCGGCACAUGAAAAGAGCGAUGUUUGAAAUAAGCCUUAUUAAACAGUUAAACAUUAAUGUAUCCAGUGAACUUAAAAAAUCCAUAUCAUUUGUCGCAAUUUCUUGUAGAGCUUGGUGUACAGCCACAUGAAGACUGUCCCGCAACAGUUCUCUGUACUCAAAUCGCCUUAGAAUUGUUUUCAGCUUAUUAAAUACGUUUUCGGCUGGGUUAAAUUCUGGCAAAUAGGUCGGUAAGUACCAAAGAACACAUCCUAUGUUGUCCAACCAUUCUCCCUGUGCUUGGCCCACUCAAUAAUGAUGAAUUGUUAGAUUCUUCAAAGAAAUUAAGGAAACUUAAAUGAUUGCUUGCACCAUCUACGGUGUUCGCAUAAAUAAUGCCAUCCAAUCCGCACAUCAAGUGAAGUGUAAUAUUAGGCGAAUGCAUGUUUCUAGAAAUCUCAACGGCUGGAGUCCCUACUAGUGAGUAGCCAUAAUUCGGCCUCCCAACAUCUCAAAGUUUAAUUCCUGAUUCAUCAAAAUACUUCAAUCUGUGAGGAUCAAUUGUGUGGACAUAAUUUACAAAUUCUUGACAAUAGGUCAGGUUGGCGGUAGUAAACUUUUCUUGAACGGAAUGUGUUAGUCUCUUCCAACUCCAUUCGCCAUCGCCCAUGUGAUAUUUUAGAACUCGUCUUACUCCUGAGUAACUUGUUCCACCAACACUGUUACCAAACUCAUUUAAAUGUUUGUAAAGUUCACCUGUGCUCAUAGAUGGACGGUGGGAUGAAGUUGAUAUCAUCCUGUUGUAGAUGUUUACUGCCACUUGGUCGACUUUCGAAACGAAUGUUACCAGUUUCGCAGAACUGUUUCCAAAUUUUUCUCACUGUGUCAUAUAUUUUAUUCAAUUCAUGAGGGCAAUUUCUUUAAAAUUUCCGUCAAAGAACCCUGUAACUAAGUCUCCUAGAAUAUCUUGGAUUAUUUUCUGUCUUAAAUCAUGACGAAUUGCUUUCCCACACUCAUAAACACGUCCUGCCUUACUUGUCUCAGCUAUGUUUAUUCUUAAAUAUAAUAUAAUAUUAAGUGCAUUAUGAGGAACACACCCACUUUCUUGAAGAAUAUUUACAACUUCCUUCAAGAAAGUGGGUGUGGUCGCAAUACAAACAUUUGGACCCAUUCCACAGUUCGGUGACUUUCGUAAUAUGAGUGGCUGUCUUACAGCUACACCAAUUAAAGCAUUUAUAACUUCCUGUCACAAUUUCCUUCUCUGUCUAUACCAUGUCACCUUGAACAAUAAUUUUUUUCACAGUAAGCUAUCACAUUGACAUGCAUUUUUCAUGCAAAUAUAAUGGUAGCAUUUUCCUCAGUUGCGAUUUUAUCCAUAAUCAGCUUAUUGUAUCUACAUAUCCUCCUUUCUUAUAUAUUUGUAUUUUCAAUCUAUCAUUUCAUUUCAAAUCAACAGCCUAUUAUCUGCAACCCAGGGGCGGAUCCAGUGGUUUGGUUGACUGAUGCACUAGACCUCAUAUUAUUAUUACGUUUCGAUUUUGAAAGAGUGUGAGAACAACAUAAUCAUGUGAGUUUUAAAAUAAAUUGAAAACAUUUUUAUGCUGAGUUUUAUCAGUUAGAAACUUGACUAGCCUUAUUUAUUUGAUCCUAUUUGAGUGAGGAUUAUAGAGUAGCAAAGUUGUAGCUAUAAUUUACAAUUUUACAUACAAAUGUACAUUACAUACAAAUGUACACAACAUACUGUACUUCCAAAACUGAUAGAAUAAUUGAAAGCAAAACCGGACACUUUUUCGGUGCAAAAUAUGUUGCAAAUGACAUGAAAAGUUUGUGUUUCUGAUGCAAAAUAGGUAAGAAUACUUAAGCAAACUAUUAUAUUCAUUGCCAAUGAUAUCACUUCCUGUAACCAGUUAACACCAAUCAAUAUAACAAUGUUUCAGGACAAAUGCCUUCCAGCACCACCACCAUGACAUAAAUUCCAGUUAAAUUAUUUUAAUAAUCCAGGAUUAAUUCCAGGGCAACUUUGAGUUACUGUAUAUGAAGGCCCUCUCUGGACCUACUCACUCAAUAUUUCUGACAUGCAUUUAUAUCCAAUAUUUCAACAAAUGCAGUUUGAAUUUUUAAAUACUGUAAGAUUAUCAAGGUAUUCAAGGGUGUUAGGUACUAGUUUCCAUUAUUGUUUGGGCAGUUAAUAAUAAAAAUAAACAAUUAUUGAAACUAUUUGCAGAACAUAGAUACGAAACAUUGACCAAUAAUCUCCACAGAUUUUGCAUUGAAUCCCAAAUCAUACAUUCAGGUGUGUCUACUGUAUAUAUCCAAAACUGCUGUUUCAAGAUAUUAAGGAUAGACAGGGAGUAGUGCAGUUAUGGACUUGGUAGGUAUCUGAUUGCAUGAGCAGGACUGACAAGCUUCAGUAACAGUGCACUAUAUUGUGAUCAACUCAAUUAGUAUUUAGUACAUUGACGUACAGUACCGCUCAGAAUUAACCUAACACUGCGGUUGCAGACGUUUUGCGGUUAGCCUGCGGUUAACGGGUGUUUUUUUUGCGGUUUAGCCCACGCAUCAGCAAAAAGCUAACCGCAAUUUUAAUAUGCAUGCUGAUUCCGAGGUUUUCCGACCAAAAGCAGUAAAAUAUUCACGGUAUAGAAUGUCUUCACUAAUAAAAUGCUAACUCGGGCUAUAAUAUAACAGCUAAGAGAAAGCUUAAAGGCUGUGGUGUCAGCUUCAAUUAUAUAAUAAGGGCUACAGCAGAUCGUCAAUUAUAAUAAAGUUUUAUAAUAAAGGCAUUAUAUAAUAAGGGCUACAGCAGAUCGUCAAUUAUAAUAAAGUUUUAUAAUAAAGGCUAAGAUUGUCAAUUAUAAUAAAGUUUUAUAAUGAAGGCUCCAGGUUAUAACGCGUGUGUGCCUAAAAGGCCGAGAUUUUAUUUACCUUUUAGGUACACACGUUAUAACAGGUUAUAACGCGUGUGUGCCUAAAAGGCCGAGAUUUUAUUUACCUUUUAGGUACACACGUUAUAACCUUUAGCCUUUAUUAUAUUAAAGAGUUAAGUUAAUUUAAGUUGAUGCGCACGCCAAAUUCUUACUUAUUCUAAAACAUCUAUUUAAACUGUAAUAAACAAGAAGAGACCCACAUAUUUGCCUUUACCAUUCGUUUAAACUCUUAGUUAUUCCAACAACUGAAGUAUUUGUCGAAAGUAAGGAGACAAUUCGCGAUCGCUCCCUGGCAUAAAGCGACAGCCUCCCCAUGCCUCAAUGUUUACAAAAUAUGCAUGGCCAGAAAUGAAGGACAACAUGGCUGACAAGCAUGCACGUUAAGCUUUAUUUAUUUAAUUUACCCAAAAACAGGAAGGGCGCACCCACAGAGCCGAAGCUCCAAUAACGGGUUCCCCGCGUCAGUUGUAAAAUACAUAGAAAUAUUGUAUAUAAAGAGUUAAACACUAAAUAGUGCAUCACAACAAAAAACAACAAAAAGUCAGCACAUAAUAUAAAGAAAGGGCACUAGCAGCACAAAGUGUCACUGAGUGAAUCCAAAGGACGGGCUUUGUGACAUUUGACACAAACAGUCUUGUAUGUGUGCGGCAAUUCUGGGUUAUAAACAAUAGAAGUUAAUAAAAAAUAGUAAUUAAAUAGACAACGUUUAAACGAAGACAAUAAAGUUAAGUUUCUUAAAGAUAUUGGUAGAGUGUUCCACGUUCUGCAUGCUCUGAUAUAAAAACUGUUUUGAAAGGUUACUGUUUUUGAUUUGGUAAUCUGAAGAAGGAGUCCUGAUGUGGAACUAGAGCGUCUGGUUACACGAUUUGGUGAAUGUAGUUUUAUAUUUUUGUCGGAAUUUUCAUAAAGACAUUUGAAUAGAUAAACAAGAUCCAGGUAUUCAUGCCAGUAGGUAAUUGGAAGAAUGUUGAGUUUAGCGAGUCUUUUAGGAUAUGAAAUAUCUGUUUGAAAUGGAAGAGAUAAAAUAAACUUCGUGCUGCGACACUGAACUCGUUCCAGGGUUUGAAUGUCAUGGGUGGUUUGGGGUGCCCACACUUGGCUACAGUAACCAAGCUGGCUUCUUACUAGGGCUAAAUACAGGGUCUUUCGUCCUUUUGGGUCACUUGCAUGAAAACACAAUCUUUUUACGAACCCCAACAUUUUGUUGGCCUUAUUUGAGACGGCUUGGACGUUGAGGCUCCAUUUAGGAUCUUUAGAGACUAUAACACCAAGAUCUUUUUGUUUGUUGAUUGUUUUAAGUAAGUUGCCUCCCGUAUUGUAACAGUAAUGGAUCGGUUGAGAAUUUCUUGUAAUGCGAAGGAGACCACAUUUAGAGUGAUUUAAAGACAUCUGCCACUCCUUGCACCAAGAGUCAAUAGCAUUUAUGUCAGACUGCAAGACUUCGGCGUCCUCAUAACAUUUAAUGGGUUGAUAACAUUUAGAGUCAUCCGCAAACAUUGCCAAUGAUGAAGAACUUGAGACACAGUCGGGAAGAUCGUUUACAUAAACCAGGAAAAGUAGUGGUCCGAGUAUCGAUCCCUGUGGCACACCAGAUAGGACAGGUAAUGGAUUCGAGGUCUCGCCGAGAACCGUUACCCUCUGGUAGCGACCAGAAAGAUAAUCACGUAGCCAAGAUAGGAGAUUACCGGAGAUGCCAAAACGUUUCAAUUUGAAAAGCAGCAGUUCAUGGUUUACUUUGUCAAAUGCCUUGGCAAAGUCCAAGUACAGUGUGUCUACUUGACACUUGUUGUCUAGAUUGUUUCCAAUGUCGU